AUGUUGUGUCGCCUUGCGACAGCCCUGCUGGUAUGUGUUUCUCUUGGAGAAGCUGUUCACAACACGGUCAACACAUGGAAUGGACUCUUACAGUACGAUGAAGAUUGGGGUUACGUUGAUAUCCGCCCAGGAGCGCACACUUUCUGGUGGCUCUACGCUGUGAAACCAGCAAAUAACAGGCCACUGAUUCUCUGGCUACAGGGAGGACCAGGAGCAUCCAGCACUGGUUUUGGUAAUUUUGAAGAAACUGGUCCUAAAAUGAUGAAUUCAACGGACAAUCCUUCCACAUGGUUACAAGUUGCCGACUUGGUCUAUGUGGAUAACCCAGUCGGAGCCGGCUUCUCUUAUGUGGAUAAUGAUGGUGCCUUUACGACUAACGUAGCAGAGAUUGGGCAAGAUUUGCUGGCUUGGCUACGACAGUUUCUAAUUCUUCAUUAUGAAUACCGUACUCGACCGUUCUUCAUCUUUUGCGAAAGCUAUGGUGGUAACAUUAGGUUGGACUUUCGCGGUGUAGCUCUUGGCGAUUCGUGGAUCUCGGCAAUGGAUUAUGUGAACAGCUGGGGCGAAUUUCUUUAUGCGAAUUCCUACCUGGAUAGCAAUCAACUGGCUCGAGUAAAUGCAGAGGCAAAGAACUGCCAGAACAAGGUUGAUCAAGGCCAAUGGAAACAAGCCACCACUUGCUGGGGAAAUAUGGAAGAUCUUAUAGGAACGGUUCGCGAAACCGGAGGAGUAUCAUGGUAUAACAUUCUCAAAUACGGAGGACAAGAUGAUUGGUCGAAGAAGAGAAGAAAGAGAUCAGCUUAUAGUGUGAUGAAUCGCUUAUUCAAUAGACAUGUUGGUUUCUAUCAGAGAGAUGCACUGUCCAGCUACAUGGAUACCACAGUAAGAGAAAAGCUUGGAAUCAUUCCCGACAGUGUGAAGUUUGGAGCUCAGUCGAAUGCCGUGUUCAAUAUGCAAGCUGAGGAUUUCAUGAAACCAAACUGGGAUACUGUAGACUCGCUUCUAAAGAAUGGAACAAAUGUUAUAGUUUACAAUGGAAAUCAAGAUCUUAUCUGUGACAGCGUUGGUGGGUUUCACCAAUCUCAGAUUCUAAUAUACACGCGGAAAACUAUGAAAGAAAAGUCCCACAUAUGUAAAAACCCACAGCAACGACCAUCCGCCGCAAAGAAUGCACUGUUGUAACU